AUGACUUACUCUGAGGCAGAUGCAGUUAAGAAGUUACAGGGUCUGGAUAACUCUCAAAUUUCGGUAGAAACUACAUCUCAGUGGUUUCUUAGUAACAAGCAAAUAGCCAAAGACUUGGUCAAGCUCUGGUUUAAAGAGUUUCGUAAAGCUGCUCCCAAAAAGAAAAUCGCUUUUCUGCAUCUGGCUAACGAUGUUAUACAAAGGGGUAUAGCUACAGCUCCUCAGUUCAAAAAGUUGUUCGAGCCAGUUUUGCCUACGGCGUUCAAAGAAACAUCAAAAGUCCAGCGUCAUUCAGUGCGUUCAUCUGUCGCUCAUCUUCUAAUCGUAUGGGCUACUCGUAGAGUGUAUUCUAAGAGUUUCCUCAGACAGUUACGUUUUAUAUGCCAACGAGCGGUCGCUGAAGCAGAUACGCCAGAUGCUAGUGAAGAGAUUAAACGUAACAUCAUUGCUGCAUCACCAUUCGCUUUCUCAUUCACAGCAGUUUUGACAAAUUCAUCAGGGAAUAAAGAAUCAUCUGCUGCUAAUAAUAAUCUUAAUACACCCAAAUUAAUCGACAAUAACAAAGUGAAUCGUAAACGACGCCGUUCUUCAACUGCGAAAGACGUCUCAACGGUUCCAAUAUCCUUUGACCCUGAAAAUUAUGGAGAUGGUAAUAUGUCACGUAAUUCAAUUUCUGCAUUCCGUGAAGAAUUAGACCUUGAACUACAAACUGAGGCUACCGAACCUCCGAAGGUCAGUGAGCUUAUUCAACUUUUAGAAACUCUUCAAUCAGCUGCUUCUGCUGAUGCUGCUACACGCCGUGAAAUAGCACAAUUCCCUCCGGAAGUUUCUGAUCCUAAUAAAGCAAUGGAAAUUAUGAAGUCAUCAACUGAACAAGAACAACAAGCGUUAAUAGAACUUAUCAGUAAAUGUUCCUCUCGACUAGAUGUCUACAAUCAAUUGUUAGAAGAAGAAACAACUAAACGUAACCAAUUAGCUCUUCAACUACGUGCUUUUCAUAGUCAUUUAAAUGAACGAAUUUCACAAGCUAAAAUUGAAGUUGAUGACUUGAAAUCGAAAUUGGAUCAUGGUCACUCAUUAAAAAGUGAAUUAAAUAAACAUAUUUUAAAUCUUCCUGAUCUGCAUCUUCUACCCGAUAUGACAAAUUUUGGUUUAGAUCCGUUACCAACAGUUGGUGAUCUAUUCGGUUAA